AUGGAUGUCUUCAAUGCAUUUCUUCAAGUUAACUUGGAGGAGGAUGUUUAUAUGUUGCCACCUCCAAGCCUUGCGAGCAAGGGGAGUCCUAGAAAGUCUUGGAACAUGAAGCUAAGUGAAGCCCUUGUUGUUGUUGGUUUUAAGAAGAGCCGUCAUGAUUACUAUCUCUUUACCAAGCAGUCUGGAUCUGAUCAGUUGAUCAUUUUGAUCAAGGACUUGGGGGAGAUGAAAUACUUCCUUGAUCUUGAAAUUGCAAGGAGCAAACAUGGAAUUAUGGUUUGUCAACAAAAGUUUGCUUUAGAUUUGAUUGCAGAGCUUGGUCUUGCAUGUCCUAAACCAGCUAGUACACCUUUGGAGCAAAACACAAUUUCAAGAAGUUCCGCAGAAGCAGAGUAUAGGACCAUGGACAAUGUUGUUGCAGAGCAAACCUUAUAUAUGACGAAAGAACCAAGCACAUACAGAUCGAUUGUUAUUUCGUUAGGGAGAAUACAAGCGGGUUUGAUUCGAACAAGUCAUAUUUCCAUAGAUAUGCAGUUGGCAGAUAUCCUUACCAAAGAAUUGGGGAAGACACAACAUGACUUCUUGUUGUUCAAGCUGGGAAUGCUCAACCUCUUCUCACUACACAUCUUGAGGGGGAGUGAUAACAACAAUGAUGAUGUGGCAAUCCAUUAG